AUGUCGUCGUCUCGCGUGGGUUUCCGCUUCCUCAACAAUGCCCGGUUUGCGUAUCGCAAUGCCUCUGCGCCAUUCCGCCGGCCGGGUGCCCAGGGUUUCCGCUUCCAGAGCUCCGAGGCCGGUGCCGCAGAACAGCAGAACGUUUUCCAGCGCUUGUGGAACAGCCCAGUUGGUGUGAAGACUGUACACUUCUGGGCUCCCGUUAUGAAGUGGGCUUUGGUCAUCGCCGGUAUCUCCGAUUUCAACCGCCCGGCUGAGAAGCUGUCCCUCACUCAGAACGGUGCUCUCAUGGCCACCGGUGCCAUCUGGACUCGCUGGUGCUUGAUUAUCAAGCCCCGUAACGUCCUGCUUGCCGCCGUCAACUUCUUCCUCGGAUGCGUUGGUGUUGUUCAGGUUUCCCGUAUCUUCUUGUGGCAGCGCAGCCAGAAGGGAUCCUCCAUUGAGGCUGCUAAGGAACUCGAGCACGAGGCCGCCGACUCUGCCAAGGCCGUUGUGCACCAGGCAGAGAAGGCUGUGAAGGCUGCUAGCGAGAAGACUGCCUAA